CUACUACAUACUGGUCUAGCAGAUAAAAUUUUAUUAGUUUGUGGCUGUAGAGUGACUUUAUGCACUGUACAUUACUGCACUUUGAUAUGUUUGAUGUGUUUUGUUUUAUAUCUGUGCUGAUAAGUAUUUUCCCACCCUCUUUCUUGUCGUGGAAUCUCCAACAUUGACCUUCACUUAGAAAAGUGAUGCACCUCCAGUGCUUUAGCUGUUGUUUUAGGUUCUCCUGUGACCUUCUGGGUGAGUCGUUGAUGCGUUCUUAGUUUUGGUAGGCUACUCCUGGGAAAGUUCAUCACUGCUCCAUGUUUUCUCUUUUUGUGGAAAGCAGCUCUCACUGUAGGUUACUAGAGUCGCAAAGCCUUAGAAAUACUGUUGCUGGUGUAUCUUACAAGUUACACCAGCAACACCAUAUAUUUAGGGGUAAUUACAAUUAAUUCAAGGUUCGACAAAUACUUUUCCACAUAGGACCAGAUUGGUACUAUUUUCCUCUUAAUAAAUUUCCCCUUAGAAAAAAAUAUAAUUUGAACACAGGUUUUAGUAUUUUCUCAGGUUAUCCUUUAUAUUAAACUUUGUUUUAUGACCUGAAACAAUUAAAUGAGAAAAAAAAGCAAACAUCUGAGGAUGCAAAUAUGUUUAAAGGGCACUGUGUUUUCUAAUAUCUGUGUUUUCUAAUAUCUAUCUGUUUCUCUUGUUGUAUGCUAUUUAUAAUUUAAUAAAAUGAUAAUAAAUUCAUUAGUUCUUCUACGAUUAACAACUGUAAAAUUUGUUUAAGAAAAUAAAGCCUUGCAGUGCCACGUUUUAGCAUGAUGCAACAGUCAUGCUAAAGAAAGGGCUUCGUUGAAGCUUGUUUUUGUCUCCAGUCGGCCACCGUGGUAUUUUACCUUAGUAACACGUUUUCAAAUAUUAGAGGGAAAUUCUUUGGCUAGUGAGCACAUAAGAUACCACACACGCCAUGAUGUUUUAUUUUAAGGAACGUAAUGGAGCACCCAACGCGUGUUUCCUCUCAGAAUACGCCCAGUCUUACGUAAAAGGGAGGAGCUUUGAAAAUGCCGGUUUAAAGCGUGGUUGGAACAUCUGCUCUCAUUUCCGCGCAUCUGAAGUACCCAAAGUCAAGGAAGUCGGCUGUUAACAGCACUGAAGCUCAGGAAGACUCCCGCCUCAUUUAGAGUCAUUAAAACACGUCUUUGUACUUUUGUUAGGUUUUAAGCAACUUUGAAGAAAAUGGCUGAGAAGGUAGAUCUGGAGGAAGUCAAGGCAUCCAACGGCGUGGCGCACCGCGAUGAGCCGCUGGCCAACGGGCUCACCGGGCAAAAGAAGAGCAGACCGGAGCCGCUCUCCGAGGUGAAGAAGAUCGUGAGGGCGAACCUGCUGGUGAUCCUGACCGUGGCCGGGGUCAUUGUGGGGGUCUUUAUCGGCCUCGGUUUGCGCAGCGUGUCGCUGACUAAAACCCAGGAGAUCUACAUCGGCUUCCCUGGUGAGAUCCUCAUCCGGCUGCUGAAGAUGAUCAUCAUCCCCCUGGUGGUUUGCAGCUUGGUGUCCGGAGCGGCGAGCAUCGACCCCAAAGCUCUGGGGAAACUGGGCGGCUGGGCCAUGCUGUUCUUCUUGGUGACCACGUUGAUAGCCUCGUCCAUCGGGGUGGUGAUGGCUUUCAUCAUCAAGCCGGGAAAUGUGUUAAUAACCAACACGACAGGUAAUGAUGACAUGACCGAUGACGUCCCGGCCCAUAAAGAAGUUGUAGACUCCUUCUUAGACCUGAUAAGAAACAUCUUCCCCUCCAAUCUGGUGUCUGCUGCCUUUCAGUCAUAUGCAACCUCCUACAAGCUGGUAAGAAGGAACGACACCAUGAACAUCACAGUGGAAACGGUUCCCUUUGGAACAGAUCAAGAUGGCAUGAACAUCCUUGGCCUGGUGGUCUUCGCUAUUGUUUUUGGUGUGGCUCUGAGGAAGCUGGGUGACGAAGGAGAGAUACUCAUCAAGUUCUUCAACUCCUUUAACGAGGCCACCAUGGUACUGGUCUCCUGGAUCAUGUGGUACGCCCCUUUCGGUAUCAUGUUCCUCGUCGCUGGUAAGAUUGUGGAGAUGGAAGACGUCGGCAAGCUAUUUGCCAGCCUGGGAAAAUAUAUUGCCUGCUGCAUGAUUGGACAUGCCAUCCAUGGCCUCCUGGUGCUGCCAGGAAUCUACUUCAUCAUUACAAGGAAGAACCCGUACACCUUCCUGUGGGGCAUAUUCACAGCUUUGGCCACGGCUUUCGGAACAAGUUCUAGCUCUGCCACUCUGCCCCUCAUGAUGAAGUGCGUAGAGGAGAAAAACGGCGUGUCCAAGCACAUCAGCCGCUUUAUCCUGCCCAUCGGCGCCACCGUCAACAUGGACGGGGCUGCCCUCUUCCAGUGUGUGGCGGCGGUUUUCAUCGCCCAGCUGAACAACACCAGUCUCAACUUUAUCCAAGUCAUAACAAUCCUUGUGACGGCUACAGCGUCCAGUGUUGGAGCAGCGGGUAUACCUGCAGGGGGUGUGCUGACUCUAGCUAUUAUCCUGGAAGCCAUAGGACUACCCACUACUGACAUCUCUCUUAUCCUGGCUGUUGACUGGCUUGUUGACCGUACCUGCACGGUGCUGAAUGUGGAAGGUGACGCUUUCGGAGCAGGCCUCCUGCAGUUCUUUGUGGACAGAACUUCCAAACACGAAGGAGUAGCGGAGCGCAUCGAGGUCAGGAUGGACGGGGAUUUGUCCGCCGCCAUCCCCGAGCACUCGCCACUCAUCAACAAACGAGGCUUAGAGGGCGCAAAAUCAGACUUUUCUGCUGAGAAGGAGUCAGCCAUGUAAUCCAAAUGAUUUUUAUCACAAACCCUCCAACAAACAGAAACUUUAAGAUCCCCAAGAAGAGUCCGAGAAGAGAGGAUGGACACGCACACUACAAUGCAAAGCAACACUCUCAGACCUCAACCGCUUUUCAGGAGGGGAUGCAGCUAAAAUCUUACGGGAUAUUUAGAAACCAUAAUACACUUGGUGGUUAGAUUUUUCUUUAUGGGAAUGUUUAUUUUCUAUCUUGCUCAAGCUUAUUUGAUGCAUUCGAUUGUUCAACCCUGAAGUCAGAAUUGAAGUUUUUAUGAGCCACUUAAAAGUUGGUCAAGAGGCCAGUGUGUGCAUCCAUGGAAUAUAGACUAAUUACAUCGAGGUUUGCAGCAGAUGAUGCAUUUAUUCAUGCUGGACAAAUGAAUAUGAAGUUCUGUUGCUAAAGCAUUAUAUCUUUCGUGGAACACUGUUUCUCUGACCGAAAUUGUCUAUUUAUAUAAAAAAAAAUAACUAUGUCUGACUGAAAUAAUUUCUAUAGUUAAAUGUGGAAUUCUUUGGAUUUAAAUGUGGUCAGGCUUUUUCAAUGCAACCUGUGAAAUCAAAGCAAUAGGAAUGGUAUAUAUUUUUUCCCAGGUGGGUCCUUGAUAAAACCAAACAAGUAUAGCUACUUUCAUGCAGGUUUUAUCAUCAGCUGUAAGACAUUCUGCAUGCAGAGUUUCAUAGAUUUACAUCGAUGCACGGGUGCUCAAGUGUUAGAAAGUGUGCAGCAGAUACAGUCGUGUUCGUGUUUUUCUCUGUCUUUGCAUCCUUAUGCUUUUUUUUUUAUUUAGAAAUGUGACCAAUCAUUUUAUAGGUUAAUAUUCUUUUUGUUUGACAACACAUUAGGUUUUUAAUUAAAAUAGUCUCUCUUACAAGAUAAAUGUCAUUUGCAGACUAUAACACGCUGCUGUAAUCUGUCAUCAUUGCUCUGAGCAAGAUUGUUUUUCUGAGCAAAAUGCUGGUGUUCAGGUAGAGGAAACAGUUUUGCUCCAUGCUGCUUUAAGUAAAGCACACACUGCUGCUGAUAGUAGUUAAGGCUGUGCUUUAUCAUUUGUUUUGAAUAUCUUAAACGGUUUUGGUCAAUUGUGCAGCGGGAGAUAAACGUUUAAUUGAAGGGCUGAGGAGCUGUGGACUGAUUUCUAGUAAGGUCCAGGCCAAAUUGUAUUCAUAGUAAAAAAAAACAAAAUGCCCUUUUUUGUUUAAAAUGUUUUUUUUGUUUUUUUUUUGCAGAACAACCAAAGGUACACUCUCUAACUAUCUGCACUAUAUUUCUGUUAUUGGACUCCUUCAUUUAUUCUGUAAUUGGUCCCGUUACUUGUUUUUUUAGUAUCCUGUCCUUUGCAGAGAGUGCAAUGAUCCCAUUCACCUUGGCGAUGGAGAUCCAAUUCCCCAUGCUGCGAGGAAGUAGAUAAUCUGUAUGCCUUACACCUACAUGAAAAUGGCCAUGAUGAUAAAUAGAAAAAUGUACUAUUGUUAUUUUUUUUUUGUCAUUUGGAGGGUGUUUAUGGAAAGCUUUCUUUAGUCCGUUAUGGUCGUUAUUUGUAACCAUAUGUUCUCUUAUGUUUGUUUGAUUUGCCCAUCCCAAGGAUACCAGAUGAAGUUUUAGCCUCAUUAUUGUCCCACAGUAAAAUGAAGGAGCACGAGCAUUCAGACUCCCAGUCUCUAAAUGGACUCCAACACGGUAAAAAGACGACAAGGUCCCUGGAUUGGUGUCUGACUUGAUCCUGAAUUCUCAAGGACACAACCCCUUUUUUAUUUUCUUUUUAAAAAUCUAAACAUCAUGCAGAGGUUUUGUUGCAAUGAGUUCAUUACGAUGAGGCUACAUUUAGGAAAUAAAUGUAAUUUGUACCGUAAGGCUGUACUCAUUUCGUUUAAAACGGUAAAACAGUCAUUCUUAAA